AUGGACCUCGACCCCUAUGGCAGUAAGCCUUUCGGCUCUGAAGAACAUGAUGCCCGUCGCAGCUCUCACACGCACACAUACUUGCGCCCACUCGCGCCCACUCGCCCUGGUACAUCUUUUGACGCUCCCACCAGCGAUGAUCUGAUGGUGGUCGGAGAACGCUCAGUGGUGCCGGAGGCCUUUCCGGAAAGACGAGGUAAACGGCCUAGGGGAUAUGAUCCUGUCCGGGGCCACCAGCACCAUCUGGAGGACAGCCAGCCGGAGACGGGGGUUAGCAGGUCAAUUGAGCCCAAACGAGCCAAAAUGUCUAGGGCUCAGGCUCCAGCUCGGUCAGUCGAAGGACACUACGGCGAGCAUCAUGAAGCUGAAGCUGGGUAUGUGCCCGUGCGAGAGCGAGAGCGAGAGCGAGAGCGACAGCAUGAGCACGAGAAUGCUUCGACUAUCUCCCUGGCAGAGCCCCUGACUUAUCAUCAUCAUCGUCCUCCUCAGUCUCAGCCUCAGUAUGAGCAUCAAAACCAGAGUCAGAAUCAGCUUCAACAACAAAAUCAGCCGCAGCCUCAUUCGACCAGCGCCCUACAGCCUUCAACGAGCUCCGUGACCUAUCUCCCAGACCUAGCUACUGGGCAGGACGUCGGCACCAGCACCGGAAUCGGCAUGUCCAGCAGCAUCAGCAGCGCCCCCAUCGUCGAACCGCCACAGUGCAUCAUCGUUCAUCGAGUGUUAUGUCAUAAUAAUCAGACCGCGGGAGAGGAUCACUCGAAGCACCUCACGACCGCCUAUUUCCUGGACGCACCGCGACUGUUUGCCAGAGACAGUCGCGGCCACGCACUCCGGGGCCGCGACCGUGUCACCGACGUCGACGAGUACCUCGAGACCCAUCCCAUGGUGAGCAUGGUUGUGUACCGAGACUACGACUGCGGUGAGUACCACCGCAUGGUGCGUGACGAGUUCCAGCGCGUCGCACCGGACAACAUGGACCAGUCUCUGUUCCUGAGUUUCAAGGCCUGGUUUUACUGUCUGGGCCACGACACCGAACCGGCUGUCGCCCAAAAGGAGUCGCUGGACUUCGUGUCGGUUGAGCUGCAGGAGGCUCUGGACGCCGUCGUCAGAAACAGCAGGGACACCGCGAAUGCCGUCAGUCACUGGAACGAGCCGCGCAAUCUGGCCGCACCCUACGACUAUUUCUACCACCACUCGGCUACUUUUGAGAACGAGUCGAGGGGGUUGGAAUGGAGGCAUCAGUUGCAGAUCGGGAUGUUGUUGGACUACAUCCGCUCCGAGUUCGGCAGCUUCUAUGACGAAGCCAAUGCCUCAUUCGAAAGAGGCUGGGUCGCCCGUAAACACUUCCCACUUCUCUUCCGCUCCAAUGAGAUCGUGGUGGCGCACCAGGAACGGGACAAAAGCGAGCUGGCGUAUAUGAUCGAACGAUAUGAGGGAGAAGAACAAGAAGGCAUCGUGCUUCAUUGUUGGUCGUGGCAGUUCGACGGCGCGUUCAAGAAAACCCCCAUCAAACUGACCGUGCCGUGGCCCGAGACGUUCGAGCCGUGCGUCAGCAUCACUGCGCUGAAAGUAUGGCCUCUUCGCCUCGACAGGUCGGGUCUCUUUGGGAAACUCAAAAGGCGUGGACGAGAGUUCUGGAGUUGUAGGAAGAGAAAGCUGGUGAGCUAUGCGGCGCCACGAGCGACCAACUUUGAGCUGCAAACGACCAAUCCGAAGUACAUGAUUGACACCGAGACAUACAAGUACCUGCACCCCAAGCAAGAUAAGUUGAGCGUGACAGACCACCCAACAGAAGUGAUUGGAGUAGAUACGGUCGAGCCUCCGGACGAUACAUUCUUGCUCCUGCUGCCGGCGACUAUCUUGGGAUACGGAUUUCAUGAUAAGCGAUGGAGAACGCUGGAAGUGGCCCAUCUGACCGAGAUCCCGUGGAACGAGACCGCCUUGGACCGAGUGGUGCUCAAGGACAUCAAGAAAGAACUCAUCAAGGCUCUGGUCAAGACGCAGCUGGAGAAGAGCAAGGCUGCCGAUGUGGUGGAGAACAAGGGUAAUGGCAUGAUCUUGCUGUUGCACGGACCCCCGGGUACCGGCAAGACUCUAACAGCAGAAGGCGUGGCAGAGUACGCGCGGAAGCCUUUGUACCGUGUGACGUGCGGCGACAUCGGCACGGAGCCGGAAAGCGUGGAGAAGUACCUCGAAGGCGCGCUCUACCUAGGCACGAUCUGGGGUUGUGUUGUGCUCCUGGACGAGGCCGACGUCUUCCUCGAGGAGCGGAGUCAGACCGACUUGGUGCGCAACGCACUGGUGUCGGUCUUCCUCCGCGUGCUCGAGUACUACGAAGGCAUCUUGAUCUUGACUUCGAACCGCGUCGGCACCUUUGACGAGGCCUUCAAGUCCCGCAUGCAACUGGCCGUCCAGUACCCGCAUCUCGACGAAAAAGGCCGGUCGGAGAUCUGGUUUAACUUCUUCAAGGCCCUGAAAGAGGCGGGCUUCGAGUUCAACUUCAAGCAGGUCAUCGAACGAGUGCCCCUGCUCCGAGAGCACGAUCUGAACGGUCGCCAGAUUCGUAACACCAUCAAGACCGCCCGCCAGCUGGCCGCGUACCGCCAACAGUUGUUCAGUUAUGAGCAUAUCAGCAGUGUCAUCGAUGUCACGAACGAAUUCGAGGACUAUUUGAGAAAGACAAAGGGUCACACCGAUGACGAGUUUGCCGCCGCCGAAGGCAUUAGAUAG